AAAAGGUCAACCUUAAAACAACAACAAAAACGAAAAAUUUGCAUCAACAAGGUCAACAAACUUGGUGUUAUUUGAAACAAUAUUUCAACAAUAAGAAAAAAAAUAUUCAAACAAUGUUAUCGGAUACACAAAAAAUUGGCCUUGGCCUUUCUGGUUUUGGUAUUGCAUUCCUAAUGUUAGGAACAUUAAUGUUAUUCGAUAAAGGUUUAUUAGCUGUUGGUAAUCUAUUAUUUAUAUCUGGUUUGGGUUUUAUAAUCGGUUUGGAACGAACAUUUUGGUUUUUCUUUCAACGUCAUAAAUGGAAAGCAUCAACAUCAUUUUUUUCCGGUAUUAUAAUCGUAUUGUUUGGUUGGCCAAUUAUCGGUAUGAUUCUUGAAUCAUAUGGUUUUUUAUUAUUAUUUCGUGGUUUUAUUCCGGCUACAAUUUCAUUCCUAUCACAUGUGCCUGUUAUUGGUUUCAUAUUGAAUCUACCCGUCAUACGAACAAUUGUGAAUGCAUUAAGUUCACAAACUGGACAAAUUUGAUCGAUCAGGGGUGGCCAACCAUCAAGGACCAUUUCGUUGUUUGUAGAAUUUAUCACCAUUUUAUCAUCAUCAUCAUCAUUCUAGCCGAUUUAAAUCAUGUAAAUAUUGCUUUUAUUUAAUUAUCUUCGAAUACAGUAAAUCAGUAAUCAUUCCUUGCCAUCAUCAUCAUGAUCUAAACGUUCGAAUUUUUCCAAUAAAUCCUGUGGAAUUUCCAGCUCACGAAGAUUAUCAACAUUUAUUUCUUCUUC